UGAUAAGAUUCUCUGCAUGACUCGCAGAGAAAAAAAUGAAGAGGACAGGCUUUCUGUUUCUUUGCGCUGCUCUGGUUGCCUCCGCCAAGAACUUCUACCCCGAAGUCUCUAUCACAGGAGAGUCGGGUCUUAGACUUGGAAUUGUCGAUGAAGAUGGCAUAACGAAGGUCUUAUAUACAGUACGCUCAAAGAGUGGAGAAAGAACAUAUGAAGUUACAUCAAAAAAUGGGGAUGAUAUUUGGGAGUACAUAGAUCAAAACGCUAAUGUUCAAAUAGGCGAUCUGGUAGAAUACAAAACUUCUGUUGAAUACGGUGGAGAAUGGAUGGAAUCCAAGUGGAAUAAAGUUUUCCUUACACCAAGAGGACUUAUGAUGCCCAGGAAAAGUAAGCGAUCUUACACGGUAUUUAGAGACGAUUUUAACUCCUUCAACAGAGAUUCCUACACAGUAGAAGUCAGCUCCUGGGGAGGAGGGAAUGGAGAAUUCCAGGUGUACACACCAGAGAAUGUUUAUACAGCCAAUGGAUGGCUUUAUCUUAAACCGACAUUAACUGUAGAUCAUCAUGCUUUUGAUGAGGGUAAACUUUAUCACGGGCGAAUGGACGUAAACAGUCUUUGGCAUACAUGUACAAACAGUGUUAACUGGGGCUGUGACAGAACGUCAUUCGGACAGGAAAUUCUCCCGCCAGUUAUGUCAGGAAAAGUGACGACACACGCUUGUAUCAGAUAUGGACGUGUCAACGUUCGAGCUCGUAUUUCCAGAGGAGACUGGAUUUGGCCAGCAAUUUGGAUGUUGUCAUGUGACAGACAUUACGGUACCUGGCCACGAUCUGGAGAAAUCGACAUAAUGGAAUCAAGAGGAAAUUUAAGAGUGAUGGAGGGUGGAUCUAACCAUGGCGUUAGUUAUGUAGGGUCUACAUUACACUGGGGACCUGACAGUAAUCAUAAUGCCUAUUAUCUCACACACAAAGGAAAACACGGUGACUGGUUCGGGUGGCAUACUUACUCGCUGGAAUGGAAUGACCGUCAUAUAAUAUUAUAUGUUGACAAUCAAGAAGUCCUGCGUGUAGACACUCCAGCCCAAGGAUUCUGGAACUGGGCACAUUUCUCUGGUCACAACAUCUGGGGAAAUUCGCAUAAUGCACCUUUUGAUCAACCUUUCCAUCUCCUCCUCAAUGUGGCAGUAGGGGGUGGGUACUUCCCAGACAACGCCCAGUAUAACACACCCAAACCCUGGCACCAUGGCUCGUCACAUCCGAUGAGAGACUUCUGGGAACACAGGGGAGACUGGUUACCCACGUGGCACGGAGACGACGUGGCGAUGUUGAUUGAUUAUGUUGAAAUGAUUCAGUAUUAAAAGAUCUCAUAUAUUUUUUUAUCCUCUGAGAGAAAGGAUUUAAAUAAUUGGAUUAAAUAAUAGUACUAGGA